GGUUGUUCUGAGCAGGAAUCAAGCAGCUAUCUCUUAUGGAAAUGCCUCGGAGCUGUACUUUUUUCAGCAUGAUGUGAUACGAGACUUAGCCUUGUACUUGGGAUUCAGAGACAGUGCAGUCCAUAGUAAAAGGUUAUUUAUGCCUAGGAAGGAGAGUAGUUUACCACAGAAAUGGAAAUUGCAUACUAAUAAAACAUUUGAUGCUCAAAUUGUCUCUAUUCACACAGGUCCUAUGAAUGAAACUCAGUGGGAUGAAAUGAUUUUUCCAGAGGCAGAGGUUAUGGUGAUAAUAUUUGCUUCAAGAGAAUACUUUCUUCCCCCAUUUUUGAAAUCCAUGAAAAAACUAAAAAUUCUCAUGGUAUUCAAUUAUGGUUCAAAAAGGGCCACAUUGAAAGGAAUAGAUGCCUUAUCUUCACUCACUCAGUUAAAAGUUCUUCGCUUGGAGAGGUUGAUUGCACCAUCGGUUGAAAUACAGAAGAAAGCAAUACAAAACAUAGAGAAGCUCUCUUUAAGCUUAUGUGAAGGGUUUGAAAGUACCUGGACAUUGAACAAUAUCAAGCUGCAAGAUUUUAAUCUGGAUCACUGCAGUGAUCUGGAGGUAUUGCCUUCUGGAAUCUGCCAUAUGCAAUCCAUUGAGAUGCUGUCUGUUACAAAUUGUCAUCUUAUUCAGAAUCUACCCUCUGAUAUUGGGAGUAUGAGCUGUCUAAGAGUGUUAAGGCUAUCGGCAUUACCAGGCCUUAAAGAACUUCCUUCCUCAAUUGGAAAUCUCUUGUGGCUGGAAUAUCUGGACAUAUCAGUAUGUGAGGGUUUGAAAAAACUUCCAGAGGAAAUAGGAAAAUUGGGGAAAUUGAGUGAAUUUGACAUGAGGGAGUGUUCUCGUUUGAGGAGGCUACCUAGAACCGUUUGUGGGUUAGGUUCGUUGAAACGUGUCGUCUGUGAUGAGGAGAUUGGAAAGCAGUGGUUGCGGGCCAAGAGAUUUUCUAUCCCGGGACUUGAAGUAGAGAUUGUGGAAGCAGAGUUUAAUUUGGAUUGGCUUCAUGAUUGAGAUCUCUGCACAUUUCUAACACUUCAAAUGCAUUUCUUACCUAGCAAAUAAAGUUUUAGGUGUAUGCAAGUGCACCACAAAAUAGGCCUAGUAGAUAUGAUAUCAACUAUUUUAUUCUUUCAAUAAGGUCGGCUAUAGCAUAUAGAAGAAGCCACCGAAAAUACGAUCAGUUACUUUUGAUAUCGAAUGUAUUUUCAGUCCCAUUUGCCUUUGGCAGUGGAUUGGAGAAUCAUUGUUUCCUAUUUAUAUGUAUUGACAUCCAUACAAAUUACAUGGAUUUUUCAA